ACCUCCUACAUUUGCUCUCAUUUGCCAUGCAAAUUUUCAGUUUCCUUUUAGUCUUCUUCCUCACAGACCUCUCAUCGGGAGGUUCUAUUGGGUGGAUGGUGCAGUACCCUUUGAGAGCUCCAGAGCAACAGAAGUAAGGCGUGUCAAAAGAAACAGUAGAGCAGAAGGCAAACAAAAAAGACCGUCAAAUUAUUGAAUUUUACAGUCAGGAAAUGGGCUUGUCAAUCUCAUACCCACCAGAUGACUACCUUCCUAUGGAUGAGGACACAGACCGGCUGUUUGUUCGGUCUCUCAGCUUUGACAAUCUCAGCAACCUUGAGACCCUUGAGUCACCACCGGCAUUACUCGACUCUCUAAGCUCCCAAAGGCUUAUCAUAAAAGAGUCCUUUAAUUUCAAGAAAACAGAGGGUGAUCCAUUUCAUGUUGAGAGUAAGAUAUCCAUGAGGAGUCCUAAACCUGGCAAUGAGAGUUGCACCCAUAAACGCAUUGUUCUACCAAGAUACGGGCCAAUGGAAAACCUGCCACCAGCUUCUCCGGUGGUUGGGAUGGUCAGCCCAAAGCACCAGGCAGCAGCAGUAAGAGUGCAGAAGAUAUACAAGAGCUUCAGGACAAGGAGGCAACUUGCUGAUUGUGCUGUUCUUGUUGAACAACGCUGGUGGAAACUGCUAGAUUUUGCACUGCUCAAGCGCAGUUCAGUCUCGUUCUUUGAGGUGGAGAAGCCAGAAUCUGCCCUCUCAAGGUGGUCUCGGGCUAGAACGAGAGCUGCAAAGUUAGGUAAAGGUCUAUCAAAGGAUGAAAAGGCACAGAAGCUCGCUUUGCAGCACUGGCUCGAAGCUAUCGACCCUCGGCAUCGCUAUGGUCACAACCUCCAUUACUACUACCAGCAUUGGCUUCACUGUGAGAGCAAACAACCUUUCUUCUACUGGUUGGAUGUGGGUGAAGGAAAGGAGGUCAAUCUUGAGGACCACUGCCCUAGAUGGAAGUUGUUGCAGCAAUGCAUCAGGUAUCUUGGCCCUAAAGAGAGGGAGUCAUAUGAGGUAGUAAUUGAGGGUAGGAAGCUGAUGUACAAGCUUAGCCGCAAGAUCGUCGACACAUCUGAGGGCCCCAAGGAUUCAAAAUGGAUCUUCGUGUUGAGCACAACGAGAGUUCUAUACAUUGCCGCGAAGAACAAGGGCACAUUUCAGCACUCCAGCUUCCUUGCCGGUGGAGCCACGUCAGCUGCCGGGAGACUUGUUGUAGAUAAUGGAAUCCUAAAGGCUGUCUGGCCACAUAGUGGGCACUACCGUCCCACGGAGGCAAACUUCCGUGAAUUUAUGAGAUAUCUGAAGAAGAGAAACAUAGAUCUUGCCAAUAUCAAGUUGAGCCCGUCAGAAGGCGAGGAGGACGUGUGGCUCAGGCUCAGGAGUGGCCGUUCCCAGCUGGAGCUAACCGAGCCAGGGAAGCCCGAGAAGGAAGAAGACGCCGCCGCAGCGGAAGACAACGGCGCUGCCGCCACCACGGCCGCGCCAGCCACGCCGCCCUCCACCAGCGGCGAGCCGGCCGCCGCAGCAGCAUGCGCGCCGGUGAUGAAGAGGUCGUCGUCCGGCAACCGCCUGCAGCGCAGGCGGCCGCCGAGGCUGACGCUGAACAAGAGCCGGCUGGCCAAGGGCGUGGCGGAGCAGGACGCCGGCGCGUUCGGCGACCGCCUGGACUUCUGCAAGGUGAACCUGUUCCGCGGCGGCGGAGAGGACGACGGGGAGGAGGUGGUGGUGGUGCCGCAGGAGAAGAUCCUCCACCGGCUCAACUCCAAGAUGGCCAUGAACUCGUACCAGCUCGGGAAGCAGCUGUCGCUCCGGUGGACCACCGGCGCCGGGCCACGGAUCGGCUGCGUCCGCGACUACCCGCCGGAGCUCCAGUUCCGGGCGCUGGAGCAGGUUAGCCUGUCCCCUCGUGGCGGCGCCGGGCCGCCGAGGCUCGGGUCGACGCCCCGGCAGAACCUGUGUGCGCCGCUCCCGUCGCCGGCACCGCUCUACGCCGCCGCAGGGACUCCCACGUCGCGGCUGCAGCACGGUGCAGCAUAAAAAUCCUUACUUUGGAGGACGGAGGACGAUGCAUUCAGAUGUCAGAGUUUCAGACACAAUAAAAUCAAGCCAAUACCCAAUCCAUGCAUCGGUUCAGCAAAUGUAACAAAUCACAACCAUAUCUGGUGUCUCAGUGGAUCAAAUGAAGUAUAGUUUUAGUCAAAAUGCAACAGUUUCAUCAGGCCAAGACAGAUGACUAGAGUUUUCGACAGACAUUGUCUGAAUUCGUGCAAGAACCAGCGCGGGAGAGCUCAGCGGAGCCUCCUGGCCUCUCUCUCGGACUCGAGCAGGGUGAGGAUGUCGCCCUCGCGAACCGGGCCCUUGACGUUCCUCAUGAUGAGACGGUUCUGAUCAUCCAAGAACUUGACUCUCACCUGGGUCACCUGACCCCUGGAGCCAGUGCGCCCCAUCACCUUCACCACAACAGCCAGCUUCACCUGGGUGUCCAUGCUGAAUGAACAAAGAGCAAAUUAAGAAUCAGAUGCUAGUACGAACAGUUUUGCUGAAAUUGUGCUUAGCAAACAAAACCCGCCGUGCUUUAAUUACAGUCACCAAAGCAUGCAUACCUGACACAUGGAUAGAACU